AUGGUGCUGCUGUCCGGGCACGGCGAGCAGCUGGCCGGGGAGCGCGUGUGCCCCGCGCCGGCGGCUAAAAAGGAGCCCGGCGCCGAGGCGGAGAGCGGCCCCGAGCAGGGCGCGGCAGGGGCUGCCGCCGAGGGGCUGGGCGGGGAGGAGGAAGAGGAAGAGGAGUGCGAGGAGUACGAGGACUUCUCCGAGCUGCCCGACACUUGCAGCAUCGCCUCGGACGACUCCUUCUACCCUCCGGGAGGGCUGGAGGAUGAGGAGGAGGAUCGCUGGUCCCUGGAGCAGGACGAUAGAGACAGCCCGGAGGCUCUCAGCUUCUUCCGAGCCUGCUGUACCAACAACGCCGUCGUGCUCAAGGCGCUCAUCCGUCAAGGGCCCGAGGAGGAGGAGGUGCGGGAGACCGACCGCAACAGCCGGAAUGGUCUUAUCGUUGCCUGUUACCAAGGUUAUGUGGAUAUUGUAAUAGCCUUAGCACAAUGCCCUCACCUCGAUGUGAACUGGCAGGACAACGAAGGGAACACAGCUCUAAUUACAGCUGCACAGGCAGGGCACAUAACCAUUACAAACUAUUUGUUGAACUACUUUCCCGGGCUCGAUAUAGAGAAGAGGAACGCGUUUGGGUUCACAGCGCUGAUGAAAUCCGCGAUGCAGGGCCGAACUGAAUGUGUGAAAGCCUUGAUGUUGGCAGGGGCAAAUGUUCACGCGACCGACCCAAGCCGUGGACUGACUUCGUGGGAAUGGGCUUGUUACACAGGAAGAUCAGAAUCUGCCUUCAUCAUGCAAAAGCUGAUGGACAGACCGUGCCCAGAUCAGUUUUGUGACCAAUAUAAACCAGAAUGGCCAAAGAUGAAGGAACUUCUUGCCAAGGCUGCAGAGCCAAAGACCUGUUUGCAAAGGAUUUCUGAGUGUGUGAGGGCGGCCGUCUCAUUCCGGUCUUUCUACGGCCCAGAAGAAGACGGCGUCCUCCACCACAUGGUGAAGGUGACCACAAGCUUGGGCAGCCCUUUCAUCGCUCUGUCCUGCCGCACCGUGUGCCCUGGCAGCCCGCCUUCUGUGGGGAAACGCAGACUGGCUGUGCAAGAAAUCCUCAGGAAGCAGAGAGCCGAGGAGAUCCGAUCUCAGGACAAAGAUCACUUUAGCAGCUACGAGAAGCUGUUUCAGAACUCCAAAGUCACGCUGAUCCCCAAAAAGAAGGACCGGCGAGCCAGCCUGCAGCCCAUCAGCCUCACAGUGUCCCAUGUGAACACCAUAGCCACCAGGAAAGCGAGCCUCUUGCCACUCCACCUGCUCAGGAGGAGCAGCGUCAGGCCGGGCUUCGUCAUCCCCAAAGUCCGGAUCAGCAAGGCUCCUGCUCCCACCUUCCAGCCAGAAAAGGCAAGAAGGAGGAGCAGCGCAAAGGAUGACCCCUACUUGCAGAUUCCCAAGUGGAGGUACAAGGAGUUAAAAGAGGAGAGGAAGAAGGCAGAGGAACAGGAGAAGCAAAAAGCAGCGGAGGCUCAAAAGCAGAGGCAGGUGUCUCCAGCCAGAAGCAGGACCUGAUUUAAAAUCCUUUGCUUAGAAGGUUUGGGAGCCAUUACUCUUGUUAUCUCGGCAAGGUAACAGACCGAAUGCUUUCAUGCAUGCCCAGUGCUCACAGAGCUGGAAUACUGGCCUUUAAGGUGCAGAAACAGGGCAAGGGCUAUGCCACGGUGUGUCUGGUGGUGGAAUGGGAAGUUAUCACAAGGUGUAAGAUUUACCUGCCUGCUGCUGGUCAUGGGAGGUUUUAAGCGGUACAGUCCUUUUGCGGUUUCCUUUUCUUCCAAUUCCAGGUGAAUGACUGAGAAACAGCUUGAAAAAGCAUGUGUGUGUGUGUGUGUGUGUGAAAGGAUCAUAUUUUGUCUUUGUUCAUUUUGUAAUGGACAAAAUUAAGGAGUUGUGCUUUUGACACUAGAUCUUGCUCCCUCUCUUUGUUUAGGUAGGUGUAUUGCAAGGUUUUCUAGUAAUAAUGAAAUGUUUAAAACAUACCACAGUGGUGGCAGGCACUGAAAAUCCAGGCAUACAAUUGUUCUGAACAUGCUAAGCACUUUAUUUUCAUUCCAGUAAUCAAAGUUAAAGAUGGGAUAGGUUUUAAACUGUACAGCUCUACACAGUCUGUGUGGAUGCGGUUUGUAACACUGUUGUGUGUUCUGCUGACUAUAAAAAGGGCCACAGACGAAAUAUUUCUCUAGCUGAGGUAUUCACAUCCUCUAUAAAUCGGAUUUCUUUGGGGCAACAGCGAAGCUGGGUUAACUUUUGAAUGCCAUUUUCACCUAAGAUUUGCCUCUUCCCAUUAGGUUUCUCCGUACCCGUUAUCUGUUGUCUCCUCUUUAGUCUCAGGGAAUUUUUUGUCAUUAACUGUGAAAUAAGGGAGAUGGUGAGCCAGAGGUAAGCUUUUUUAAUUUCAUUUUUUUUCAAGGUGGAUAUUGAAGGUCCUGUUUGGAAAAAAAUAAGCUCACCAGCUUUAUUGUGAGCUAAGAGCCAGGACAGGAAAAUUAUGCAGCUUCCAGAAGUUUCCCAGGUCCCAGCUCCAGCCAUAUGCUAUACACAUCCAGUCAGAGGUGCAGUAUCAGGCAGCUUGGCCACUAAUGUUUGGAAACAGUGGUCAGAUGUGCUGUGAGCUUUGCUAGUACUCCUCUCAGUGCUUGGAGGAGGCAGUACCUCACCUCCCUGUCUCAACACUGGGAGAAAAUCUUCCCUAGUAUGUGAGUGCACUUUAAAGUAGUAGUUCCCACAGGCUGCUGCAAGUUCUUGUGGUUCCCAUUAAGCCUUCCUUUGGUUUUACCAAGUGGAAGGGUAUGCCAAACCCUGGCAAAUUCAGUAAACCUGCUGUUUAUUGAAGAAAGCCCACCUUUGUAAAAGUAGAGGUCAAAUGCAAACAGAGAGUCAUGCAGUACGUGCUCAGGAUGUAUUUUUGCUCAGGCUUUGCUCCCGUUUCAAAUGAAAUGUGCUGCAGUGUGUCCUCCUGACACUGUUGCUUUGCUGGAGCCCAGGCAGUUGCUGCUGUCACCAGUUUCUCCCUUCAAUUAUAGAAAGGGAAACCUUCUCCAUCCUCUACUCCCACAGCACAAAAGCUGUCCAGGAUCUCACUGAACUUGUCAUGAAACUGUGAGUGCCAUGGGAGCAACAGAUUCAGCUGAUUGAAAACCAGCACCAAGAUUGGCAUUGCCACAUAAUGCCUGCAGGGUCAGGGCUUGACAGAGGGUAUGGCAGACCUGUGAAACAAGAUUUUUUUUUCCACACAGCCAGUUAUUUGUACUGUUUGCUGAAGUAGCUGUGGUGGCUAGACUGCAUUGCCAGGUAAUCUCCCAGGUCAGAGUUGGAGGAAUAUGCACCCUGAUAAUAAACCUCCCCAGCUGUGUGAAUAUAAAGAGGAUUUUUAGUCUGCAAGGACGAGUGCUGUGCAAUUCAUACAAUGGAUUUGGUGUGACCAGAAUAUAAGCUGAACUCCUUUCUUUGGAGAGAAGGAAGACAGUCUUUUAGCUGUGUGUGGCAAAGCUAUCAGGAUGGGAUUUGGAAUUGGUACAGUGGAUUGAAUGGUUUAACUAUGACUUCUUUGUUUACUGCCAGCCCAGUGUACUGAGGAUUUAGCAGUCAGAUCACUAUGUGAAAAGCAACCUAUGCUGUGGGUGAAUUUGCUCUCUCAGUAUCAUUUUCAGGAGACCUCCAAAUUGACAGGUGCUCUCAGGGAUUAAUGUACAGUAUGUUAGAAUUAGGGGCUGAAAAUGAAGCCUGUUUUCUACCCUUUGUACUUUACUGUGCAUAUAUGUGUAUAAACAUGUGAUAUUUCCAUUAAAAGAGGCACAAGCUGUUCAA